GAAUUGGAAUGUUAGGUGGUGAAGCUGUAUUGUUAAUGGUGUGAAGUACUAAGUGAUUCAUAAAAUCAGAACAUAGUGUUCAGACCAAGUACCUAGUAGUAUAGCACGGAAAUAGUACAUAAAUACGUAAGAAAAAUGACUACAUUUGAUCAACUUCAAAAACAGGUAUGGCAUAACAAAAAAGACAGUGCCUUUUCUUGAAAAAAAUGCAAGGUUUUCCGUGGAAGCAUUUGUAAUGCAAAUUUCUGCAAUGUAAGUGAACGCGCCGUCAACAUCCCUCAACAUCGUCGUGCCCGCGCAGAAAAAGACAGAGAAGCAGAAAUCACAAUCAUGGAGUCCCAGCAGCAGGCAACAUCAGUCCGGGAACGUCCACAUCUGCAAUUCUUUUAGAACCGAAAUCCAUCGGAUCGCGGAUAUCUGCGCGUGGGUUCAUACGGAUGUUUCUAUUUUGGGUUAGAUGCCCGAUUGUUACAGGAAGAUUCGUUUUCAAAAACCACACGAAACAGCCUCCGUCUAUCCUGGCUUUCAUUCGGAUGGGAGGCACAAAUACUGUUCAUAGAUGCAAUGAACUAAAAUAACGUUGGUGUUUGAUUAAACAUGUGUCAUUGCAUUGCGAGUUAGCAUUGCUUUUUAUUUUAAUCGCAUAGGAUUCAACUUAUCGCUUAAACAUCGUGCGUGUGUUAUUUUUUUUUUUUACAUGCGACCACAUCAAAGGAACCGUGGAUCUAAUUAUUUGGACUAAACAGCAUAGUAAAACUGACCUUCAAAUAAUUAAAUAGACUGCUGUUUUUUUUUGGUGUUUUUUUUUUUGUUUUACCUCUACAUCCCAGCUUUAGCGACACAAGAAGACGGGGGGAAAGGAAAGAUGCUGCCUUCACAAGAAGCCUCCAAGAUUUACCAUGACAACUACAUGCGGAACUCCAGGGCCAUUGGGGUGCUAUGGGCAAUCUUUACCAUAUGCUUUGCCAUCAUAAAUGUGGUCGUUUUUAUCCAGCCCUACUGGAUCGGGGACAGUGUCAACACCCCGCAGGCAGGCUACUUCGGGUUGUUUCACUACUGUGUGGGCAACGGCGUCUCGAACCGGGAGCUCACCUGCCAGGGUACCUUUGCAGAUUUUAGCUCGAUUCCCUCCAGCGCAUUCAAAGCAGCCUCGUUCUUCGUGCUGCUGUCCAUGGUGCUAAUUCUGGGCUGCAUCGCCUGCUUCGCGCUCUUCUUCUUCUGCAACACGGCUACAGUCUACAAGACGUGUGCGUGGAUGCAGCUGCUGUGUGCUGUCUGCCUAGUCUUGGGCUGUAUGAUUUUCCCUGAUGGUUGGGACUCGGAGGUGGUGAGGGACAUGUGUGGGGAAGAGACUGGCAAAUACACCCUGGGAAACUGCUCUGUGCGCUGGGCAUAUAUCCUGGCGAUCAUCGGCAUUCUGGAUGCCCUCAUCCUCUCCUUCCUCGCUUUUGUUUUGGGCAACAGGCAAAAUGACCUGUUGCAGGAGGAGCUGAAGGCUGACAACAAAGAUUUGGCAGUUUCACGGAUUGAGGUCCAGGACUGCAGAGACACACGGUUUGGAGUGCAUCGGUUUCACUGAACAGGUCCCUCUUCAUCUCUUCUUCCACCAUUCAUCUCUGCGCUUUUUUCCCCUCGUCUCGUCUCUUCAGGAUUAAAACAUCGAACCUCAGCUUGGAUUCCAUGCUUUAUGCAGUUUGUAUAAUAGAACUGGAAUGAAAAAAAAAAAGAAACAAAAUAUCAUGUGUUGGAACAUCCACUUCAGCUUUACAAAAUCAACACCUCUGGGAAAAAAUGCUUCCUUGCAACAGCAGUGCUCUCUGAUAUUUAUUUAUUUUUCAGAUUUAAUUUCCAGCUUCAAACUGAACCUUAUUAGUCGUGUAACUAUGAUGUUCACACAAAGCAAAAGACACUUCACGGGCACUCAGGUGCUACUUGGAAGAAAAAAAAUAUUUUGUACAGCACAGUGUAGUUUAUGAGACUCUGUUCUUUUAUUAAGACAGAUAUUAAAGUUUCCUAUUUGUACUUGUAAAUCGAUUUGCUUUCAGAUUUACUGAAGAAAACAAAAGUUGUUGUAAAUCUUCUCAAGAAACAGGGUAAGAACUGAAAACUCUAAAUGCCCCCUCCUCCUGCCCCUUGGCAAUUUACCAGUGUGGUGAGGCCAAGUGAUCCAGACCAGGCUUUUCAAGUGUUUUUUGUUUUUUUAUUAUUAUUUCAAGUCAAGACGUCAUUGACCUUUUUAUAGAACGUGUGCUCCAGAAUUCUCAGGAGGCAGUUAAUAUAUUAGAACUAUAUUAACCAGCUUAGGUUCUGCUUAAUUACAAUUACAUCAGUUCAGGGUAUUUACCUGAAUAACAGGAUCUAACAACUCAGCUUACCUAUUGUUUUUUUUUGGGGGGGGAGGAUGGAGAUGAUGGCUUAAGCCUUUUAACAAUAAAGGCUCUUUUUAUACAUGUAUUCUACCAUUUGGCAGAAAAGCCCUGCAUGCUGCAAAUAGUUUUUACAAGAGAGAUCUGAUCUUGCAGACAGAGCACUAAGCCUAUGCCUGUCCUGAGAGUAAUAAUGUCUAAGUGCUGCUCGCGCUGGAUGUCACUUGUCAUUUAUGUAGACGCACUGGCUGUUAACAUUGUCAGUGAUAGUGCAUUUUCAAAACUUCUCCCCUAUGCAUUCAUUGAAAUUACUGAGCAGUUUAGCUUCCAUUGGGCUUAGCAUCCUCCUAAAAAAAUAAGAGGUAUUGUUUUAAAUAUUGCAAAGACAGCCUGUUCUCAAUGAGCUUUAUGUAUAUCUCUGACCCACACUGUAUAUUUGUGCAGUCAAUAAUCUUUUCACCAAAUUUCAGACAUCAUUUGCAUUAUAACAUGUUACAUGGAGCACCAAAUUAAUUUUUAAGGUGCAUCCUGGAAACAUUUUGUCUUGAAGUCUAUACAUUCAAAAAUAUGUUAAAUAAAUAAAGCCAGAAUCUUCUAAACCUUCUAACAAGGUUUCUUGUACUAUUCAAAUUUCCUGCUCAUAGGUAUCUCUGAUAUGCCUCUUAGUUAGCAGUUGCAUACAAAACAGACCUAUUGACUCAGUUCAAGUAGGUAGCUGCAUCAGCAUGCGUAGGCUUCAAAGGAAGAGGUAAAAGUUUAUUCCAUGCUGAUAA